UGUGUGAGUGAAUGGACGAGCAAGUGAAAGCCUACUACUCGGUAUCAUGUAUGGAUUAGAGGGUAAUAGAAUAUUAAUAACGGAAUAGCAUUUGAUGUAACUUUGGAAGAGAAAGAGUUUUGGGGGAGCUUUCGUGGCGAAGGGGGAAGAGUGUGCAUAAGAGAGACUUUGCUGACGGGAAAAAUUUUGUUGGGAGGAGAAAGUUUAUGAGGAAGCGGGCUGUCUCGGGUGACUGAGCACAGACAUAUGGUAGUGUGUAGACAAGGGGGCGGCGAUGGUGGAUGGUCGCCGGAAGAGGCCGAAAAUAGUUUUGCUGAUGCAUGCGGGAAAAGUGCUGAUGCUUGCGGGAAAAAAGUAUGUGAGAUCAAGGUUCGCCACUGCCAGAAAUAUCGACUGGCGUCGGAUUAAAACCAUCUAGAACCCACGACAGUGUUGUGUUUGGUGUUGUGGAGAGACUGGGGGAAGAAUCACAUCUAACCCUGUUACAUUUUUGGCGCCCAAUGUGGGACACUGGGCGAAACUGAACAUCUCAAGUCAGCUUAAGUGCCGCCAGAGACAAUGGAACUAACAGAAGAGGAGAAGCGAGUGUUGGAGGCCUUCAGGAAUUUGGAAGUGAAGCCAACAGCAGACACCUCUGCCGACCUGCGCCAAUGGGCGACAGGGUACGCUGCGACAAGGGAUGGAGUGGAGGCUGCCCCGCUGAAUGCCAGCGGACCACAGACACCGCGAUUGCCGCCAUUCUCCGGGGGCAAGAACGACACAGCGCUGGACCUGUGGAAGUAUGAACUGAUGUGUUUGCGGGGGCGGUAUACAGACGCUGUUGUGUUGGAGGCUGUCCGCCGUUCUUUGAGAGGAGAGGCGGCCAGAGUGGCUAUGCGUCUGGGCCCGCACGCGACAUUGAACGAGCUGUUGCAGAAAUUUGACAGUAUUUUUGAUCUCGUGGUGUGUGACCAAGACCUACUCGGGUCCUUCUACACUGCGCGCCAGCAGGCCGGGGAGAAUGUCACGCAGUGGCGGUGUCGCAUAGAAGACAUCCUGACACAAGCCCUGAGUGCGCGUCUGAUAGACGCGCAUACAGCGAGACGCUGCGCUGCAGACUGUGGGGAGGACUACGGCAACCCCUAAAAGACCGAACUGCCUACAAGUUCGAAAUAGAGACAGACGUGGACGCUCUAUUUCGCAGCUUAAGGCAGGCCGAGCAGGAGGCCGAGGGACCAGCACCAAAGACAGGCGCUGGAAAGCAAGCGGCAGUCAACGCUGCACAAGCCACCCACGCCGAAGACUGGAGUGCAGAGGUGAGGAAGCUGUCGGCCGAGGUGCAGUCGUUGCGGCGCCAACUGCAACAAGGACCACGCAACGACCCUGCGGCUGGCAAGGCGCUAGACCAGCGGCCACCACGCUCCAGCUACGAGGACGACGGGCCUACAUGUUUCAGGUGUGGCGGCAAGGGCCACAUCAAGGUGGGGUGUCGCAUGCGCAUUGACCAUCUGCGCAAGCCCCUAAACUACAGGCUGACCUGCAGAAAGGGGCAACGGGUUGACCAGCGUCCGCCGGCACACGGUACCGCUGGCGAGAAAACAUUGAUAGGACCCAGCACAUGUGUAGAUGUCUGCAUCGAAGGUGUGGCCACGGCAGCGCUGCUGGAUACAGGUGCCACUGUAUCAACGGUGACGGAGACAUUCCAUCGCCGGAAGCUGGCACACCUGGCCGUCCGUCCGCUUCAAGAAGUGCUACGUAUUGAGUGUGCGGAUGGCCGACUGCUCCCGUACUUAGGAUACAUCCAAGCGGAUAUACGAGUGGAGGGGGCAGGGGGCGGGGCUGAUAGUCUCCCCUGCUUACUGCUGGUCAUCCCAGCAACCAGAUAUAGUGACAGUGUUCCGGUGCAGCUAGGUACCAAUGUCCUGGAACAGCUUAUGCACCAGGCACAAGACAAGCAGGACGCACAGUUACAACCAGUGCUGCAUCGUUCCUUUCGCUGCCUAGCGAUGCGGAACAGAGCGCCGCGCAUGAAUCGCAACAAGCCGUACGCGCGCGGUUUACAGACAACGACCAUCAGACCAGUUAACAAUGUUCCGUGUGAAAGUGCCAUGGGUAUGACGGAAGCGGCACCAAACUCUGUAAAUUCAGUGGUUAU